GUCGGGUGAUAUGAACUGUGAUCUAAAGCUCUUGGUCCACAGCACACACACACACAUACAGUGCAUACACAUCUUCAUGCACACCUUUAUAUACGGACUGGAUUUCGUGCAUGCAGGAUGUUUUGUCACAAAGUGCUGUCCUUUCUGAAGAGCCUGUCCAGGCGGAAGCCACUGGAGCCCGAUGGUGAAGAGUCCAACUUUAAACGUUGUUUAACCACGCUUGACCUGGUUGCACUCGGGGUGGGAAGUACACUCGGUGCUGGGGUCUAUGUGCUCUCUGGAGAAGUCGCCAGAACAGUUUCUGGUCCGAGCAUCAUAGUCUCAUUCUUCAUCGCCGCUGUGGCGUCUGUGUUCGCCGGCUUGUGCUACGCAGAGUUCGGUGCCAGAGUCCCCAAAACAGGCUCGGCGUAUCUGUACAGUUAUGUUACCGUGGGAGAAGUGUGGGCCUUCAUCACCGGCUGGAACUUACUACUGUCAUACAUCAUAGGGACAUCCAGCGUGGCCAGAGCGUGGAGUGGCACUUUCGAUGAUCUGAUUGGAAAUAAGAUUGCCAAUUUUUUCUUGGAAAAAACGCCAAUGAAUUUACCUGGGCUCGCCCCUUAUCCAGACUUCUUUGCUGCUGGUCUUAUCAUGCUGUUAGCAGGUAUUCUUGCGUUUGGCGUGAAGGAGUCUGCUAUUGUCAAUAAGGUCUUUACAGCUGUAAAUAUGGUCGUGCUACUCUUCGUCAUCAUUGCCGGGUUCAUCAAGGGCGACAUCGGAAAUUGGCAGAUAACAGAGGAGGAAAUAAGGAACUACACAAUAUCUGCAAAUCUCACGCUUUCAAAUGGCACAUCCAGUUUUGGUUCUGGUGGAUUCUUUCCAUUUGGUUUUGAUGGAACCUUUGCCGGAGCGGCGACAUGUUUUUAUGCCUUUGUGGGAUUUGACUGCAUUGCGACCACAGGCGAGGAGGUCAAAAACCCUCAAAAGUCUAUCCCUAUUGGUAUCGUUGCUUCUCUUCUCAUCUGUUUCUUGGCUUAUUUCGGUGUGUCGGCCUCACUAACACUCCUGAUGCCCUAUUACCAACUGAGUGUUCAGAGUCCUCUACCUGUGGCCUUCACCUAUGUGGGCUGGGAACCUGCGAAGUACGCCGUUGCUGUCGGGUCUUUGUGUGCUCUCUCGACAAGUCUGCUGGGCGCCAUGUUUCCAAUGCCCCGUGUGUUGUUUGCCAUGGCCAGAGAUGGACUGCUAUUCAAACCGCUGAAAAACAUGAGCUCUCGACAGAGUCCAGUCAUCGCCACACUCACAUCUGGAGUGAUAGCUGCAAUAAUGGCCAUGGUGUUUGACCUGAAGGCUCUAGUAGACAUGAUGUCUAUUGGAACGCUCUUUGCUUACACACUUGUAGCCAUUUGUAUCCUAAUCCUAAGAUAUCAACCAGACCCAAGUGAAAUCGACGAGAAGUCAGAAUUCCAGGAACAGAAAUGGAAUCCGUUUCGUCCCCCUAGAUCUCCUACGGCUACAAGUUCUAAAACCGUAUCUCUGCUCACCAUGCUGUGCAUUGUGUUUGCCGUCAUCAUCAGUGUGGCAAUAACGAAAGGUGUACAAGCUAAUGUGAUAGGGAACUGGUGGAUGAUUCUGAUUAUCACUUUGGUUGUGGUGGCUCUUGUUGGGACAGCCAUUAUCAUCUGGCGACAGCCACAGAGUGAAACUAAGGCCGCGUUUAUGGUUCCCUUGUUGCCAGUCCUUCCUAUUUUUAGUACAUUCAUCAAUAUCUAUUUAAUGGUCCAGCUGGGAGGUGAAACAUGGAUUCGCUAUGCAGUGUGGAUGGCAGUGGGCUUGGCAAUCUACUUCUGUUAUGGAGUGCACUUUAGUGUACAAAAGAAACGAAACCAGUCUUCCUCAAAUGCUGUCGGUGUUAAGACCAAUGAAUACAACAUGAAAGAAGAACACAGCAAUGGAUCCGAUAUACCUCCACUACAAACAAAGCUGUAAAGGCAAUAUUGAUAUCUGAUGUUUAGUUCUUCAAACAGAGCUUUAGUAUUAUCUGUUUUUUACCAGAUCUUUAGAUUUAGAAUUAUUUUUAUGAUAUAUUAUAUGAUAAAUGCUUCUAUUUAUAUAUGUUAUCAUAUUUUAAGCUAAUAAAAUACUUUUGUAUUUUACUUGUAUCCUAAAGCACAUCAUAAUUCUGGAUUUUUUUUAUUACAGUACCACUUGUUAACAUGUUAAAACUAAGAUGUUAAGAAUAAAUGUUUGAUUUUGUGGGCACAUGCCUAAAGAAAUCUAAUAUUUAACAUGUAAUCAUAAUGGCUAAUGGCUAUAUUUGUUUCAUUUUACAAUGUCUGUAGAAACAGUUCUAGUGAUUAAUUGUGAAUUUUAUCUUAUUUAUCUUCAGCUAUGGUACCAUUAAGUUUAUACCUUAUUUUAAACCCUAUUUCUUUGUUCAAAUAAAAAAAACAUUUCUCUUUGUUAAAAAAGAUUGCUUCAAUAAGAAAAAAGUAAAAUAACAGGACAUGACAUGGCUGCCAUGUUCUAUGUAGCCAUCUUUCGUGAAGUACAUUAAUAUUAUAUCACUCACCUCACCUCACCUAUACAUUUGGAUAUGCAUUUACACUUUAUGCAAAAAUUAUUUGUCAAAGAUUACUCUUUAUUUCAAUAAUUAUGAUGUUUUAGUUUUUUCUGUAAUGCCACGCUAAGAUAACAUUCUAAAAUUCAGUCCAGGGUCUCUGUUAUAAUGCUGUAAUGAAUACAUAACAUAGACAUAAUCUGACGUUUUAGUUCAUUGAUGUCUGUGCAUGUGUGUGCUUUCUGGUUGUUAGUCUCAUAAGCUGGGUUUCCAUCGAAACGUGAAGUAAAUGACGGUUGUAUAUUGUAACCAACAGGAAAUAAAACAAGGCACGCUUAGAAAAUGGAGACAGGACUGCAUUUAGUCACGAUUUGGCAAGUUAUAAAUUUAUCAGCAGUGCAGCUUGUGAUUGCCAAACUGAAUGCUGUGCACAGAAAAAGAAAUUGAGAAUUUUUGAUGCAGGCACUAGCAGCAAGGGCAUUGCGAUGACGUCGAGCCCCAUAUAUGGGAAAGUCAACGUCAGCUGAUACAGCUAUAUGAUCACAUGAGUUUAAUGUUCGUUACGUCACAAUUUAUUCUGUAAAUGCGUUUCCAUCUUCCUUUUUCGCAUUUACUCUUUUUUGUCAAAAACCUCCUCAAGCGAGCAUAAAACCUUUAUUUUGCGAAUAAAGGGAUUAUUAUUUCAAAGUUGGCGUUUCUUGCACUUGUUUCUUAUGCGAUACUUUAAAAUGGGCAUAAAAUCAGUGUGAUGGAAACCCAGUCUCUUUCUAACUCUGAAUGUUUUAGAAUCUCAACGUUUCAUUUAUCUGUGUUUGUUCUACAUUUUUCACAUUGCAUUUUUUUUAUAAUUCAUUAAUAUCAAAAAUUAUAUUCAUUAUGCAUAAAUAAAU